UAUUGUUUCUUUGCUACUCGAAAGUUGGGGCAAAUUAAUAGUGGGCUGCCCGUAUUUCCUUUGGCAGAAAUUGGAGAGACUCUGUAGCCAUUGAAGUGAAGUGAAGAUGGCGAGAGUUGCUAUUCGUUACCCUCGCAACGGUAAUACCUUCAUCUCAUUAUUGGCUUAUUCUCAUGGCAAUGCUGAGAUUGCUCAUUCUACUUUCGCAAUUGCGCCUAGAGAUUAUUCUUCAUUUCCUAGCAAUACGUCCAUUUCGAUAAAGGGUAGACUCGGGUUUUCUAGCAGUUUUGAGAAUGUCAAGUGUUUAGACGAUGCUGUGACCGUGUUCCGCCAAAUGAUCAGAGAGCAGCCUCUUCCCUCUCUUGUCAGCUUCUCGAAAUUGUUGAGGACUAUGGUAAAUAUGAAACAUUACUCUGAUGUUGUUUCUCUCUUUGGAGAAAUGCAGAAAUUAGGUAUUCCAACUAAUGAAUUCAUCUUGAAUAUAGUGAUUAACAGCUAUUGCCUCAUGCAUCGUGCUGAUUUAGGAUUUUCUGUAUUGGCCAUUUUUUUGAAGAAUGGUAUUGCAUUUGAUGUGGUUACAUUUAGCAGCCUAAUAAGGGGACUAUUUGCUGUAAAUAAGCUUAAAGACGCCGUUGACUUGUUUAGAAAGGUGGUGAGGGAGAAUAUUUGUGAGCCUAACAAAAUCAUGUAUGCAAUUGUCAUGGAUGGGCUUUGCAAAAGGGGCCAUACACAAAAAGCUUUUAGUUUGCUCCGAUUAAUGGAACAAGGGAGCACUAAGCCCGACACAUGCAUCUAUAACAUUGUUAUACAUGCCCUCUGCAAAGAUAGAAUGCUAGAUGAUGCUAUUAACCUUUUGAAUGAGAUGAAACAAAAAGGCAUUCUUCCUGACAUUGUCUCAUAUAAUUCAUUGAUUGAUGGUUUGUGUAGGUCUGGUCAAUGGGAAAAUGUUAGGAAUUUGUUCUGUGAGAUGGUUAAUCUUAAUAUUUAUCCAAGUCUGUACACCUUCAACGUAAUUGCAGACGCCGAGAAAAUAAUGAGCCACAUGAUUGAAAAAGGUGUAGAGCCUAGUUUAUUCACCUACAAUACAAUAAUAGAUGGAUAUUGCUUGUGUGGUCAAAUGGAUAGAGCGAGAAUUUUUUUUAAUUCCGUGAUAGAUAAGACCAUUGAGCCUGACAUUAUUACCUAUAACAUACUAAUAAAUGGAUACCGUAAGAAGAAAAAAAUGGAUGAGGCCAUGCAAAUGUUUCUUGAAAUUUCUCGAAAGGGGUUGGAACCUAGUAUUUUUACCUACAAUAUUAUCUUGCAAGGUCUGCUUGAAGUUGGGAGAAUCGAUGUUGCACAAAAUUUCUUUGCUGAUAUGAUAUCGGCAGGACAAAGACCUGAUUUUUGUACUCAUCGCAUCUUGCUUGGUGGUUAUUUUAAGAAUGGACUUGUUGAAGAAGCUAUGUCACUCUUUCAUAAGUUGGAAAGCAAUGGAGAAGACACUGGCAUUGAACUUUACAGUAUUGUCAUUGAUGGAUUGUUCAAAAAUGGAAAUUUCAACAAAGCUCGUGUCAUUUUUGAGAAGCUUUCUGUAGUAGGUUUACAUCCUGACGUAAUAAUGUACAAUACAAUGAUUAAUGGAUUUUGUCUAGAAGGGUUGCUAGAUGAAGCUAAAGAUAUGCUUAGAAAAAUGGAGGACGAUGGAUGUUCGCCAGACAAUGUAACUUACAAUGUCAUUAUGCGAGGAUAUCUCAGAAGUAACAAAAUUAGUGAAAUAAAGGCUUUCUUAAAGGAAAUGACGGGGAAGACUAUCUCAUUUGAUGCAACUACAGUAGAGUUACUAAUAGACAUUAUAGCGGAGGAUCCUUCUUUGCUUGACAUGUUACCAGAGUUUCACCUGGAAAAUAAGACGUGAAUAUUUUUUCCCAGAGUUUCAUUCAGAGAGUAAAAUGUGAAUACUCUUUCCCUUGGUUUUAUCAACUAUAUUAUGUCUAGGGCGCAAGUUUAUGUUUUUUCCCUCUGGAAAAGAAAUGCAAUUGGGGAAAUAGGAAAACUGAAAUUCGAACACUGCUUUUGCCUUAGAGGCAAGCUUACUGAGGUAUCUGAUUUGCUCAUGCUCUUUGUUGCCGUUACUUGCUUCAACCAGCAUCCGUCUCUUCGUCAAUCGUUGCCUUGAAUGACAGGUUGCUGCCCUUCAUUUUAUGAACUUUGACAACAGCCAGUAUGUCAAGAUUCACGCCAGUUGCAGUGUGACUUGCACCUCCAGUGGGCUGCCUACAAAAAGGAACCAACAUGCCCUCGGUGUAAAUAUCCAUUUGAGUUAAUUACAUCCAUCCCUCACUUGAUGGAAGAAAUUGGAGACAUUCCGUAGCCAUUGAAGGUGAAGAUGGUGAGAGUUGCAGUGCGUUACUCUCGCAAUGGUUUGGUCGGUGGGAAAAUGUUAGGGCUUUGUUCUGUGAGAUGGUUGGUUAAUGUUAAUAUUUAUCCAAAUGUGUACACCUUCAGCAUAGUGAUCGAUGGGCUAUGCAAAGAAGAAAAAGUUGAAGACGCCGAGAAAAUAAUGAGACACAUGAUCAGAAAAGGUGAGGAGCCUACUGUGGUCACCUACAAUGCGAUAGCAGAUGGAUAUUGUUUGCGUGGUCAAAUUGAUUGAGCGAGGAGAAUUUUUUAUUCUAUGAUAGAUAAGAGCAUUGAGCCUAACAUUACUAAUUAUAACACACUAAUAAAUGGAUAUUGUAAAAAAAAGAAGUUUGACGAGGCCAUGCAAUUGUUUCUUGAAAUUUCUCGAAAGGGGUUGAAACCUGAUACUGUUACCUACAAUAUUAUCUUACAAGGUCUAUUUGGAGUUGGAAAAAGCGACACUGCACAAAAGUUCUUCGCAGAGAUGCUUUCGGCAGGGCAGAGACCAAAUUUGUGUACUCGUAGCAUCUUGCUUGGUGGUUAUUUUAAGAAUGGACUUGUUGAAGAAGCUAUGUCACUCUUUCGUAAGUUGGAAAGAGAGGGAGAAGAUACUGACAUUAAACUUUACAAUAUUGUCAUUGAUAGAUUGUGCAAAAAUGGAAAGUUGGACAAAGCUCAUGCCAUUUUUGAAAAGCUUUCUUUAAUAGGUUUACAUCCUAACGUGAUAAUGUACACUACAAUGAUUAAUGGGUUUUGUUUGGAAGGGUUACUAGAUGAAGCUAAAGAUAUGCUAAGAAAAAUGGAGGACAAUAGAUGUUUGCCAAACAAUGUAACUUACAAUGUUAUUUUGCAAGGGUUUCUGAGAAGUAACAGAAUUGGUGAAACGAGGGCUUUCAUAAAGGAAAUGACUGGGAAGACUCUCAUUUGAUACAACUACAACAGAGUUAUAGCGAAGGAUCCUCCUAUGCUUGACAUGAUACCAGAGUUUCUUCUGGAAAAGAAGAAAUGAAGAUGUUUUCCUAAUCUCAUCCAAUGCAAUUGGGGAAACAAGAAAGUUGAAAUUUGAACAUUGCUUAUGCUUUAUAGGCAAACUUAUUGAGGAGAAAUUGGAGAGACUGCGCAGCCAUUCAAGUGAAGUGAAGAUUGCAGGUGUUGCAGUUCGUUACUCUCGCAAUGGUUUGAGAACAUCAAGUGUUUUAGAUGAUGCUGUAAGUGUCAAAUGGUCAGAGAGCAGGCUCCUUCCCUCUUCUGUCAGAUUUUCCGCUUGGUCAAUAAUAGAUUUCCAGAUUGUGAAAAAAAUGGCUCGUACGAAGCAGACAGCCUGUAAAUCUACCGGUGGAAAGGCUCUAAGGAAACAACUUGCUAUAAAGGCUGCUAGGAAAUCAGCCCCUACCACUGGAAGAGUGAAGAAGCCACAUCGUUACCUCCCUGGACUGUUGCUCUCCAAAAAUAUCAAAAGAGUACUGAGCUUCUCAUUCGGAAGUUGUCUUUCCAAAGGUCUGUGAGAUUGUUCAGGAUUUUAAGACAGAUCUGAUAUUCAGCUUGCAAGACGAAUUCGCGGAGAACGAGCUUAAGCUUAUCACAAUGUUGAUUAGUGAUCAGUCUCUUCUUGGUUGCCCGUGUAUGGUUUAUGGUACCAAGCUAGUAUCUUUUUGUUUGUGCCUGGAACCUAGAUUGUUAUAUUAGAGACCUUAUUGUGUUCUAUAAAUACUAGUACUAGGUUUGCUAAUACAAGGACAUUGAUUAAAAUGAAUUGCUGUUUCUGAAAAAGAAAAGAAAAAAAUCCUCUUAGUUUUCCUGAAACCGGAGUGAAGCUUGUUCAAACCUGGCACAAUGUAGUGUAGAUUAACUAGAAGAGAUUUACUUGUUCAAUCUGCUUGGUGUAAGUUGAUUUAAUCUGAUCCAGGGCAUCUUGCUUAACCUCCUACUUAACUCUUAACAUAGUUAGUUACUCAAAGCAUACCAUUUUACUAGUCAUACACCAAAGCUGACUGCUUUUUGUAGUCUAUAUAAGCACUAGAAAAAUGAUUCAAUAUGUCCCCCUAACUAACACAAGGGGAAUGAUAUUUUUGUUAAGUAUCAUUUUCAUAGAAGGCUUGUUAUAUCAUUUAGCUUAUCAACUGCUAUUGAGUUCCUCUGUGAAGCUUUUAGUAUUUGAUCACUUUUUUUAAGUGUGAGAAUUAAUCAUCUCUAGACAUGGGGUUUCUAUUGUGUUCUCUCUUUCUUUUCAUUUCCUACUGCAAGCAACUUAUACUAGUAUUUGAUCACUUUGUUUGUCUGCUUCUUAAGAGUGGGCUGCCCGUAUUUCCCUUGACAGAAAUUGGAGAGACUCUGUAGCCAUUGAAGUGAAGAGAAGAUGGCGAGAGUUGCAAUUCGUUACCCUCGCAACAGUAAUACCUUCAUCUCAUUCUUGGCUAUUUCUCAUGGCAACGCUAAGAUUGCUCAUUCUACUUUCGCAAUUGGCCGCAGAGAUUAUUCUUCAUCUCCUAGCAAUACAUCCAUUUCGAUAAAGGGUAGACUUGGGGUUUCUAGAAGUUUUGAGAACAUCAAGUGUUUAGAUGAUGCUGUGAGUGUUCCGUCAAAUGGUUAGACAGUAGCCUCUUCCCUCUCCUGUCAGGUUCUCGAAAUUGUUGCAUACUAUAGUAAAUAUGAAGCAUUACUCUGCUGUUGUUUCUCUUUGGAGAAAUGUGGAAAUUAGGUAUUCCAACUGAUAAAUUCAUCUUGAAUAUAGAAAUUAUCAGUUAUUGCCUCAUGCACCGUGCUGAUUUAGGAUUUUCUGUA